ACGUAGAAUAAAUUGCUGACUUUAGCGCGCCGCAUUCAAAGUUUCUCUGCACAUCCUUUGUUAGCAACUACAAGAAGCAUAGCAUAUUUUUAUUUUAACUUUUAUUUAUUGUAAUAUUUUAUUAAGUGUGUAUUUAAAUCAAAAUGGACUUCUACGAUUCGCCAGUUUGUCCAAUCAGGUUACAAAACUCACCGAGGAAAUCCCGAGGACAGAUUCAGAUUAUAUUUGGGCCGAUGUUUUCAGGCAAAAGCACUGAACUGAUGAGAAGAGUGCGCCGUUUCCAGGUGGCCCAGUACAAAUGUUUGGUCAUCAAAUAUGCCAAAGACAUCCGGUAUUCAGACUCAGGUGUGGCCACACAUGACAAAAACACCAUGGAGGCCGUGCCUGCCACCUGUCUAGCAGACGUUCGCUCCGCCGCUCUGAAGGCCUGCGUGAUUGGGAUUGACGAAGGACAGUUUUUUCCAGACACCGUGGAUUUUUGUGAAGAGAUGGCCAAUUCAGGGAAGACGGUCAUCGUGGCCGCGUUGGACGGGACCUUCCAGAGGAAGCCUUUUGGAAACAUCCUGAACCUGGUUCCUCUGGCAGAAAGUGUGGUGAAGCUCCACGCCGUCUGCAUGCAGUGUUACAAAGAAGCCGCCUACACCAAGAGGCUCGGAGCAGAGCAGGAGGUGGAAGUGAUCGGCGGUGCUGACAAGUACCAGGCGGUGUGCAGAAAUUGCUACGGCGGUCUGGUGAUGGACAAAGAGAACAGCUCCUCUAUCAGGAAUGAAACGCCGCUUCACGUCCCGAUGGGAAAACUCGCCGACCCCAACGUUCCCCGGAAACUGUUCUCCCCUCUGCACCUCUGAGCAGGAAACAUAAGACUUGAUGCAUCAAUUUGAACAAUCUGCUGUGUGUGACAAGUGUGUCCAAUUUUCUUUCUUUUUCUUCUUUUGAGUUUUUUGAUUUUGUGAUGAAUUAACGUAGCGACUCAAUAUUCUGAAUUUGUUUGUGUGACGUUUUGGAUACUUGAAAGACUUUAAGCACUUGAUAUCUUUGCAUAAUUUGUAAGAACUUACUAUUUAAUAAACUUGAGGUAACAUUGGUA